AUGACAGCUCCUAAUGCGCUAAAGCAAGUGAAAACGGCUGUCAAACAGGAAACCAAAGUUUACACACCGCGUUCGCCCGAACCAUACUCGACCGACACACAGGGUCUUUUUGGUGAUGGCGACGACCAGGUGGACUUGUUUGGAGAUGCUCAGUUGCCGUCUCUGGACGCUGGUACAGCCGGCGAUGUCGGGGACGACGACGACAGCUGCCGUUUCCUCCACCCCACUCCCCCUUACACCAGCUUUGACGAGGAUUCAAACGAGUCAGUGAGCGCCCAUAGAAGCCCCGACAGCGACGGUCCAUCCGUCGAGGGUGAUGAGGCCGACGCGCACGAGUUCCAGGACGCUGGUGGGGGCGUCUCAAAACAAGAGGAGGAAGCUGCACGUCCAUUCCAGGAAGAGGUGCGCGGCGCCGAUGGCUCUUCCGUUCGCAGACAAUCGAGUGAAGACGCCGCCGAUGCUCCUCCUUCCAAACGUGUUCGUACAGCUUCUGACGACACGAAGACAGAGACUGCGAAAGCGGAAUCAUUUAACGAAACGAAAACCUCCGGGGAAUCUGCACCUGUGGUUGCUAAUGACACACAACCUAAGGAAAACGUUGCUGCUGGCAGCAAUUACAACAACACCACCGCAUUUUACAACAAUUCCGAAGUCGCACUCAGUCACCGUGCGCCUUCACCAGCCCGGGAGCAUGUCCCUCGUCCUCCGCUGACGAAAGAACAACAUAAAUACAUUCAAGCAAUGCUUCGUCAGUUACGCCGUUGCCGCGACAGCAUUCCUUUCCGUGUUCCAGUGGAUCCCGUAAAGCAGAACAUUCCCGAUUACCCUCUCAUCAUCAAACACCCCAUGGACCUUAGCACAAUGCAGCGCAAGCUCACCAACCGCGAGUAUGACAGCGCGCAAUCGUUCAUUGACGACAUGAACCUUAUGUUCGACAACUGCUUCCUCUACAACGGAACCGAGUCGCCCGUGGGUGUGAUGGGCAAAAACCUCCAGGCCACUUUCACGAAGCAGCUCAAGCAGCUUCCUUCUUCGUACCCGGUGGAUGCAGGCGGAAGACGACAGCGCAAGGGAUCCAUGACUCUGCGCGACACGACGGCUCGCACACGCCGUGCCUCGUCCUCCUUCAUGCGCGAGUCUUCCUUCGACAUGAAGCAGCGUCGCCGCAAGGAUGCAACGGAGAUGAAGUUCUGUCAGGCAGUGCUGAAGGAGUUGUUUAAAAAGCAGCACGAAACGUAUGCUUAUCCUUUCUACCAGCCUGUUGAUCCUGUUGCGUUUGGCUGUCCCGAUUACUUUAAAGUCAUCAAGCAUCCUAUGGAUCUUGGUACCAUGCAGAACAAGUUGAACCACAACGAAUAUGCCAACAUCAAGGACUUCGAGGCUGAUGUCAACUUGGUCUUCAAAAACUGCUACAGAUUUAAUCCUCCGGGAACGCCGGUGUAUCUAAUGGGCAAAAAAUUAGAAACUGUCUUUCGUUCAAAAUGGGCCGAAAAGCCCGACUUCGAGGCACAAGCUACUGCCCAAUCCUUGUCUGCCUCUGACUACUACUAUGCCGAUAAUGAGGUGUUCGGUAGCGACGAUGAGUAUGACGAGGAAGAGGGCGAGGAGUUUGAAGCCGUCAACCGCCAAAUCAACAUGCUUCAGCACACGCUGAAGCAAAUGAAGUCUCGUGCGCGCUCUAACCCCAUAUCUCGUCGCCGCCGUGCUCGCUCACAGAGUGCUGAACCCCAGUAUCCUCCUAUCACGUACGAGAUGCAGACGGAGCUCGCAGAGCAGUGUAACUAUCUUACUGCAGAGCAAUUAACCUACGUUGCGGAGAUUUUGCGCCAGGCGAUGCCGUGGUUGCGUGAUACCGAUGAAAUUGAAAUUGACGUGGCUAACAUGGAACCUGAAGUCUUUUAUCAAGUGUACUACUACGUGUGCAAGGAUAAAAUGCCCACACCGCCUCUUAUGCGGGAUAAAAGAAAGGGUCGUGUGUUGUCGGAAGCAGAGCAGGCUGAAAAAAUCCGCCAAUUGCGUGCACAGCUUGACCGAUUUAACGCGAACUCUAACACUGCAGGCGGCUCAGAGUUUGCCGAUCAAAUUUCAUCGUCUGGUCCCGCCGGUGGUGGUGUACAUGAAUCUGAAGACGAGUCUUCGUCUUCCUCCGACGAAGACAGCGAAAGCAGUGAUUCCGCGUAA